CAUAGGGAAAAGCAAGCAAUGCCUAAUAAAUAUGCAUAACCCAUUAUCUUCAUACCUUGCAGACUACAGUGUUGAUUGGUGGGCACUGGGUGUACUAAUGUUUGAGAUGCUAGCUGGAAGGUCACCAUUUGAUAUAGUAGGAGCUGCAGACAAUCCAGAUCAAAAUACAGAGGACUAUUUAUUCCAAGUUAUUUUAGAGAAAACCAUACGUAUUCCUAGAUCCCUCUCAGUAAAAGCUGCAUCAAUUCUCAAAGGAUUUUUAAAUAAGAAUCCUAAAGAGAGACUUGGAUGUCACCCAGGGACAGGAUUCACUGACAUUACCUCGCACCCAUUCUAUCGCUCUAUAGACUGGGAGCUGCUAGAGCAGAAACAUAUCACACCACCGUACAAACCUCCACUGAAAUCUGAGCGAGAUCUUGAGCACUUUGACAAACAGUUCACUGAUGAACCAGUGAUUCUUACCCCAGAUGAUACUAAAACUAUAAACAAAAUAGACCAGUCUGAAUUUGAUGGUUUCGAAUAUAUAAACCCACUGCUGAUGUCUUCCGAGGACUGUGUAUAGAUGGCUCUCCAUUAUAUAAUGCCAAACAUUUGCUGUUGCAUUAUGGGUACCUUUGUAUCCAUGGCAACAAUGCACAAUAUUAAAACUAAAAACUGAUCAUGCAGUCAUGCAUUUAAGUAAAUGAAACAGAAAUGAGUGGCAAUAUGUGGAAUACCCCAAUUGCCAUUAUCCAAAUUGGACCAAUGCUCUUCUGAUUGCCUCCCUUGGCUUUGAAAUGAAGAAUUGACAAA